ACUCUCGCAGAAAUGGGGAUUCCUCACUUUCUCGUUAUACCAUACCCAACACAAGGACACUUGAAUCCCAGUAUGCAGUUCGCUCAUGCUGUGGUCAAACAUGGCUGCAACGUCACUUUCCUAAGCACAGAGUUCAACCACCAAAGAGCGAUGAUGAAGGCUGCGAGUUCUGAUCAAGAAAACCUCUUGGGAUCAAAGAUCAAGUUAGUCUCACUCCCGGAUGGUUUAGAUCCUGAAGAUGAAAGAAGAGACUUGCAGAAUCUGGUUUUUUCAAUCAAAAAGACCAUGCCUUUAAGCCUUCCUAAACUCAUAGAUGAGAUUAAUGCUUUAGAUGGUAACAGUAAGAUCACUUGCAUAGUUGUUACUGUUAAUAUGGGAUGGGCCUUAGAAAUUGGAAGCAGACUGGGAAUCAAAGGUGCUCUGCUCUGGCCUGCCUCUGCAACUACUUUGACUCUCUGUGAUUCCAUUGACAGCUUCAUUGAUGACGGUGUUAUUGAUUCUGAAAAUGGACUUCCGAUCAAAACCCAGAAAAUUCAGCUUUCUCCUAGCAUGCCUCUGAUGGCCCCAAAAGAUUUGCCUUGGUGCAGCCUGGGAAGGGUCUACUUUGAACACCUGGUACAAGAGAUUCAGACUUGCAGGUUAGCACAAUGGUGGCUCUGCAAUACUGUGCAUGAACUUGAACCUGUGGCUUUUUCCACAUCACCAAGGCUCUCGCCUAUUGGUGGCCCAAUGUUGGCAAAUAGUGACUACAACCCAACAUCAUUCUGGGAAGAAGACAGAACCUGUCUACAUUGGUUAGACCAACAACAACCUAAAUCUGUCAUUUAUGUUUCUUUUGGUAGUUUGUCAGUGUUGGAGCCUAACCAGUUUACAGAACUAGCACUUGCGCUCGACCUUUUGGAUAUGCCUUUUCUUUGGGUUGUGAAGCCUGCGAAUGAACAACAUAAUGCAUACCCACAUGCGUUUAAGGAAACUAAUAAGGGUAAAAUUGUUGGUUGGGUCCCACAGAAGAAGGUCUUGAAACACCCUGCCAUAGCUUGUUUCAUUAGCCAUUGUGGUUGGAAUUCCACCAUGGAAGGUUUAAGUGGUGGGGUGCCUUUCUUGUGUUGGCCAUUUCGCAAUGACCAGUUCGUGAACAAGUUUUUUAUUUGUGAGAUUUGGAAGGUUGGAUUGGGACUUGACAAGCAAGAAAAUGGGGUUAUAUCAAAGGAUGAGAUCAAUAAGAAGGUGGAGCUGGUUCUUGGAAGUGAAGAUAUGAAAGCAAGGUCUUUGAAAUGCAAGGAAAUUGUGAUAGAAAACAUGGAAAAAGAAGGUCGUCAAUAUACAAGGAAUCUCAACAACUUUAUCAACUGGACCAAGGAGUGAACAUGUUCCUGCUGAUCAAUUAAUAAAGGGUCGGAAUUCCUAUUAGAGAAUGUGAUGUGUAUCCAAAAGCUUGAGGUUCCUCAUUUACGUAUUCAUAAGCUUGACGCCAAGAAAAAACAUAAUUCCUCUC